UACUAUUUUAUGUAGUGAAAACAUUUAACUCAUCAACACUGAAAUGAAUUUUAUUUUUUGUUUAACUGAUAAGUGACAUCUGAUAAAAAAAAAGAAUUGUUUAUAGUUUGGGUAUUGCAAAAUGGAAAAUUCUGAUAAGGAAACGGCGGAUUGUUGGACAAAAGACGAAACAAAUAUGUUGAUUAAUGAAUUUAAGAAUCACGCCUGCCUAAUUAAUCCCAGUGAUCCAAAAUUCGCAAAUAAAGCUGCACGAACGGAUGCUUACAAUAAAAUUAUAAAGAAACUAAAAAGUAUUAAACCAAACGUAAACUUAAAAAAAAUAAAAAAGAAAUUGAGCACAUUACAAAAUCAAAUCUGUCAUGAGAAAGUAAUGGAAGCCAAUUGCAAAAGGCGUGGCAUAGAAUAUAAACCAAAAUUGUGGUGUUACGAUAAACUGGAUUUUCUAAAAAACAAUUCUCAUAUCAGACAAAGUUAUUCGUCCUUACAGGAUACGUCUGAUCAGAUCGAUGUGCACUUCGAUGAAUGCGGGAAUCUGGAUUUAGACGAAACUGAAAUGUUUGAAAAAGAAUUUCUCAAGGAAUAUGAUGGAGCAAUUGCCAUAGAAAACAAAAAGAAACGAUCCACACAUAUUUUUAAUCUUAAGACAAAUGUUAAUAAAAAGCGUUGUUGUAAAGAGGAGAUAUUCUGUAAUUAUUUAAGCAGUGAACUGAGACGAAUUCAACUUGAAGAUACAUUUGAUGACCUUAAACUAGAAAUUUUACGUUUAGUAAGACAAGCUAUAAAAAAUGAGAGCUUACGAUGUAUAUGAAAUUAUUAUUAUUAUUAUUAUAAGUUAUUAAUAGUAGAGGUACUCAUCGAAGCAUAUAAAUUUAUCAAAUGUAUAAUUUUAUACGUUUACGUACACGGUUAUAUGAGCGCACUUAAUGAAAUAUUUGUGUAAAUUCAUCAAUCUGCUGUAUAAUAGCACUAAUUAUAUCAGCAAUACUUAUGACAGCACAAAAUGCAAUGUUCAGCAGCGCAAUUUUUUAGCCAAUAUCGAUGUACUUUUAAACAUUUGUGCAAACUUUAUUGGUCAGCUGUGUCGCUAUCGAUAAAUUAUAAAAUAAAAUAUCUAAAUUAAUUGAAAAGUCCUAAUUAAAAAGUAUUUACAAAGAUAUUUUUGUAUGUGAGAUGCUUACAUUGAAAUGCAAUUCUGUAUUGACAACAAAUAAAUUUAUACGAUACAAAUUUAUUCGGUAAAAUUUCCAUGUAAAUUUAUCCAUUUUGUGUAAACUAUUUUUCAUACAAAAUUUGACACUUCAUUUAUCAAGCAGAUAACUUUAUACGUUUAUAAGGUAUUUACCAGAUGAGUACCACUACUUUAAAGUUUUAUAAGUUUGCAUGCUAACGAAACAUACUCUAUGCUAAUUAAAUAUACUCAAUUAAAUAUA